AUGGGAUUGGGGAGCGACGCGAGCUCGUCGUCGUCGCGGCUGGACUCGGCGCCGCUGCUGCCGCACCACAGCGCCGAGGGGGGGCACCUGUCGUCGCAGCCCAAGACCUUCGCGAACGUGUUCAUCGCUGUGGUCGGCGCCGGCGUGCUGGGCCUGCCCUACACGUUCUCGCGCACCGGCUGGGCCGCGGGCUCCAUCCUGCUCCUCUCCGUCGCGCUGCUCACCUUCUACUGCAUGAUGCUGCUCGUCGCCUGCCGCCGCCGCCUCGCCGACGACCACCCGAAGAUGCUCUCCUCGUUUGGGGAUCUGGGGGACGCCGUGUUCGGCGCGCCCGGCCGCCUCGCCGUGGACACCAUGCUGGUGCUCAGCCAGGCCAGCUUCUGCGUCGGGUACCUCAUCUUCAUCUCCAACACCAUGGCGCACCUCUACCCCGUCUUCGCCCCCUCCUCGAACGUCUUCCUCUCCCCUAAGGCGCUCUUCAUCUACGCCAUGCUGCCGUUCCAGCUCGGGCUCAACUCCAUCAAGACGCUCACGCUCCUCGCGCCGCUCAGCAUCUUCGCCGACGUCGUCGACCUCGGCGCCAUGGGGGUCGUUGUUGGCCAGGACGUGUCGACUUGGCUCGCCGCGCACCCACCCGUCGCCGCGUUCGGCGCCCCCGCCGCGCUCCUCUACGGUGCGGGCGUGUCCGUGUACGCCUUCGAGGGCGUCUGUAUGGUCCUGCCGCUGGAGGCGGAGGCCGCGGACAAGAAGAAGUUCGGCGCCACGCUCGGGCUGUCCAUGGCGUUCAUAGCUGUCAUGUACGGGCUGUUCGGCGUCAUGGGGUACGUCGCGUUCGGCGACGCCACGCGCGACAUCAUCACCACCAACCUCGGCAGCGGGUGGCUGUCGGCCGCCGUGCAGCUGGGGCUGUGCAUCAACCUCUUCUUCACCAUGCCGGUGAUGAUGAACCCGGUGUACGAGGUCGCCGAGCGCCUGUUCCACGGCAGCGUCUGCGUGCUGCUCGGCUUCGUGCUGCCGGCCACCUUCCACAUCAAGGUGUUCGGCGCCGAGAUGGGCUGGGUCGGGGUUCUCAGCGACGUCCUCCUGGUGGUGCUCGGCCUCGUGCUCGCCGUCUUCGGCACCUACUCGUCGCUGGUGCAAAUCUUCCACUCUUCCAGCGCUUAA